CCUUCGUUAUCUCUAUCUUUCUCAUGGGAGCUAAACGUGAUAUGUGAAGAUUUCUUGCUGACUUAACAAGUGGAGAGGCAAGAAUGGUUGUUCGGUCUUCCUUGGGGUCCUCAUACGAAUAAUUUAAUGCUAACAGAGGAUCAUCUCAUUGGAAUGUUUUUCUUCGUUGGGCCUUGAAAUGAACAGAGAUUUCUCCAAUCCUCUUCGUUGAAUUUUUGUUUCAGAUUUUCUUUUUUUUCGACGAGAGAAAAAUUAUUGCCUCAUCGCAACGUGACCACAACGAGCACGGCAUGUGCCUUAUCCGUUUAAAUGCGGAUUCUGUGUUUCUCCUACUUGUUCUACAUAUUCAUCCUCCAUGUUGUGUAUGUGUAUGUCCGUAUAUGUAUUAUCGUGUGUUAUCACUAACGGUAGAUGCUUUCAAUUAUUUCAUUCUUAUCUAAAAUAACUCUUAUUCAAUAUUUCAUUGUUGUUGUAGAAGAUAAAGGAUCAUAAUAUUGUGAUAAGAAGAAAUGAAAGUUUGGAUUCUCGUCUGCAUUCCGUCUUAUAGUGAUGCUCGAUGAUUAUCGAUGCAAAAAAAUUUAUUGCACGAAUAUGUGUUUUAGGAAAGAUUUAUAGCUAUUGUCGAGAACUUUUAAAAUAUUUAUAUUCAUCAUACGAAGUCUCGAGAAUAGAUGGUUUGGACGGAAGGAACAUUUCGAUCGAGGAGUUGCGAUAAUCUAGUAGGGGUGACCUCUUCUCUCUUCCUCUCUCCAUCUCUCUCUCUCUCUCUCUCUCUCUCUCUCUCUCUCUUCCUCUCUCUUUUCCUCUUUCGUUUUUUAUUUGUCUCUAUCUCUUUUUCUCGUUUAGAAGCGAAAGAAAGUUCGUUCUGAAUUCGUUUGCUUUUUUCCAAGCAAUGUUGCAAACGCAACGGGCACUCACAAAAUACAAGCUGAAACUCUCUCUUUCUCCCCAUAUUUCUCGUUCUCCUUACUUUCGAUUACAUUGCAGAGUAAACAACAGCAUUGUUGUUCUUCUUAUUUCGCCAACUUUUCGAGAUUAAAUAUUCCUUCGCUUAUAGUUACUUCUUUCGAUGGAUAAUUCAGUGAAAUUUUAGUCUUAAUUGAAAAGCUCGCGUAUGAGAGUUGUUGUUAAAACAUUUUGAUUAACAAAGCAUUUUGAAAUUCAACAUCUUUGUUAAUGAACAUUCAGUAAUAUUAUCUGAAUGAUGUUGAUAAAGAUCAUGCAUUUAUCCGUAACCCUUAUUUUUCUUUCCAUAAGUUCAUAUUCAAAUGAUGAUUUUUGUUUUGAUCUAAAAGAUCGGAUGAUCGUUAUACAAAAAGAAUAUGAAGGAGCAGCAGGAGUGACACGUGAUUUAACAAUGUUACAGGCGUAACGGCGGACGAACGUAUGUGCGGUCGGUCGACGUAAAAGCGUGACGAUAUCGAAGAGCACAGUGACUCGUUGCUGUUUAAGCAUACAUAUAUGUAUAUAUGUAUUGCAUGUGUGAUAGAGGAAUUGAAGGAUCGUGCGAGUGACGGAUGUGGCGACGUGGGAAAAUACGCUGACGAUUUUCGUACGUUCGAUCGGCUUUGCCAAUUUCCAACUAUCCCUAAAUACCCUACGUGACUAUCUCGUUCUCUCUCUCUCUCUCUCUCUCUCCCUUUCUCUUUCUCUUGCAUAUAUAAUUAUCAUUGUGUACAAAGUUCGCUCUCGUUAAUCAAGUCAGUUGCAAUGGUGUUGCACGAAGUGGUGAUCUUCUACGAGGCCAAUUUGGAUAGAGGAAGCUCAGCACCUUUAUGUCCACUGUUAUUGACGCAUACUUACAGAAGACUGAGGUGUAUCAUUCCACAUUCAAAACAACAUAUCGCUUAUCCACCAUAAAAGGGGGAAAAGGGUGAUGGCCCGUACCACGCGCUCGCGACGAAAAAUGGCGAAUACGAGCGAUGCUCCCUCGACUGCGAGCAGCCUUUUGUCGAGCACGACGACGACUCCUUUCAGCAACCCCACAUCAACGACCUAUUCAACCGAGGGCUAUACCUUCAAUUACAGCGACCUCGCGAAUUUCGCUGGAUACUCCUUGGAUGAAUUGAAUCACACAGGACUUUGGUUAGACGUGUGGAAUGGUACCGAGGCUGCUGAUAACGUAACUGAGAGGUUAAACGCCACUGUAUUGAUACCAGGUGGCUAUUGCGACGAGUGGGAGGCAGCCCAGCACAAGCUCUUUCAGGCAGCGAAUAUAUUCUUCAUGGUGGCCUUUCUGGUGCCGCGCUCAUUUAAGGCCUCCGUCUUGGCCCUCCGUACAUUUCUAACGGCCGGAUUUAUGCUGGCUGCGUUAUGGGCCGGUAUCACCAUAUGUGCUCUCGACGCCAUGCUCUGGUGUCUCUUCCUCGGCCUUCUCAACGGCAUACACUCCUUGAUACUAGCUUGUCGAUUUUUACCGCCUGCUCUCAGUCCGGAGCUUGCGGAGCUGUACCUCAAGCUUUUCAAACCUUACAAGGUCAGCAAGAAGCACUUUCAAGAAUUGGCCAAAGAAGCGAGGAUACUCAAAUUGGAUGCUGGUCAGACAUACGCGACCGAAGGGAUCACGCCCGCGGACGAAAGGCUAUCAAUACUUUUGCGUGGACAGCUGAAUGUAACGUGCGACGGUACCCACCUACACCAUGUCAGAGCUUAUCAAUUCGUCGACUCGCCCGAAUGGGAAGCCACGCACGAAAACAUCGAUGACGUCUUCCAAGUAACGAUACGAGCCGAGGAAUCCAGCACAUACAUUUGCUGGACAAGGCUGAAACUGCUGAGGGUAUUAAGGCAUAGGCCAUUGCUAAAGGUCGUUCUCAACACCCUCAUCGGUAAGGACAUUACGUCCAAAUUAUACGCCCUUAACGAGCAACUCGCUGACGUUUCCACGGUCAGUGAGAACACCAGGUCGAAUCCUUACAGAGGCGUCGCCAGAAGUCUUAGCGUCGACGCCGUAAACACAGAAACUGCCGGAAGAGUUCGUUCGACCACGUGGAAGGCGCAAAGGAGGCACAGUAAUCCGCGUAGCGACAGAAGUUCACCGGCCCGAUAUUCUCAUCAGUAUUGGGCGCCUGUGGUGGCAAAUCAUUUUCCACCGACUUCGCCCUUCACCCAGGGCCAAAACCUCGGGUAUUCGUUACUGCCGCAGGGUGUUCAAUUCUCGCCACCACGGCGGGCGCCGCUCAUGUCACAUCCGCCACUGACGCGGCAACGUAGUGGCGGUGCGGGUGGCGAUUACACCUUGCUACCUCAAACACCGAAGCUCGAUAGGAAGCGCUCGAAAAAGGGCACGAGGGAGGUGACAUUCGAGACACCGGUAUGACGGUCGCUCGACGGGGAAGGCCCAGCCAGCGUGCCGCUUCUUUCGCUGUCGCCGCUACGUUUUGCCUAGCCCCGUCGAGGUUUCGAGAAUCUUAAGAAGCAAGUCAAAUUCAAAAAGGGAUUCUCAUUACUCGAACAUUCACCUCCUCGGCGUCAUUUUUGGUGGCGUCCAGGCAAGCAGACGCACGAUGGAGGAAGAAGAAGAGGAUGCCUAUUGGCCGAUCGUCGAGCCCCAACCUCUGACCCCUCCUCCUGUUCGAUGUCCAUUCGGACUUAUCAGGAUGAUCCGGACGUCGAAGAGACGACUCUGUGGUUCUAAAAAAUGCGAUGAAACUCCUUCCGCGUGUGCAGGCUCCCUUUAAAAAUAUUUGCACUAGCUCGGACUCUUUUUCCAGACUCUUUCGUAAAUAUCGUGAGUGAUACGAGCCUUAUACACACACACACACACACACACACACAUACACACACUUACAUAUAAAACAUAGACCUAUAUACACGCAGGUACUAUUCGUACACCCGAAAAAACGAACGAAAAGAACUUUAACUUGCUAUAAGAAACAAAAAAGAGAGAAUCCGCGAACGAGAAUGCAUCGAGGUCGGAUGAGGAAGGGAGUCGAAGGACGAAACGCGGUAAAGGGUUGGAGGAGGGGAAAAUGGAAGAGCUUUUUUACCUUCACCGGAAAACGUCCUUCCUAAUUUUUCGAGGAAUCUCUAUUUAUACGUCUCUCUCUCUUUCUGUUUUUUUCUCUUUUUCUCUCUUUCUCGUAGCUAAAAAAAUGUGAAGAAAGUUGAAAAGAGAGAAAAAGAUGAAGAGAAAGGGUCGAAAGAAGAGAUUGGAGUAUAUCGCGUUAUAUCUUAGACGUGCAUAGCCUCUGUGUACUUACACCCAUACAUCGACUGUGAUUAUAACGGAUAUAAUUCUUAAGUCUUUCAAGAGGUAUCGCAAAAAAUCGACUAUAUUGAAAUACCUGUUGAAUUGUAAGUCUCUCAGCGACAUCGAUUUAACUAUUUUAGGGAGUGUCUUCGUAUCGUACGCGUUCGAGUCAUUGCAUCAUGGACGCAUGAUCCCAAACUUUUUCUUCCAUUUAAAUUGCCUAAAAUAUUAGCUUCAUUGUUUUUCCAUAAUCAAGAGACAUAUUCUUUAAAUGUUAACAUGUUCACUGUUUUUUUUUUUUUUCUUUUUUUUUUUAUGAUCUAUUUUCUCAGAGUUAGAAAAAUUUUUCUUGUAAAACUCCUGUAUAAUACGUUGUUUAGAUAUGUUCUGAGAUUAAUCUGCCUAAAAUGUGAUUCACGUAUGGAUAUGUAUUAAAGGACAGUAAAUAUGUUAAAUUUGUUAAUCUAUUUCUUCCUUUGAUUUUAUGACUUCUUUUUAUAAGUUCAUUGUUAAAGUAUCGUAAAGGAGUCAAAAUAUUUGCUAUUUACUCUCUCUCUCUCUCUCUCUCUCUCUCUCUCUCUCUCUCUCGCUCUCUUUCUCUUCCUCUUUCUCUUUCGGACGAAAAGAAGAAAAUCAUUAGUCUUCCUCCGGGUUUUUCAUCGACGUGUCCAAGCCAUAUCGAUCGUGGGUAGUUGCACAAAAAAAAAAACGAAGUUCCACUCGUCGCAAAAACGAUACCUCGACUCGACACGAAGAUCUCUAAUCACAAGCGAACUGAUACUUGCACUAUUUCAAUUUACCAUGGGCCAUUCUCACCUUUCCGCCACUCCAUCACAAUUCUCCUAACUCAUCGACUUUAGGACAAGCGCGUUUCGCGUUACACGAAACGUCAAAUAUAGAAACUAACUCAAUGGACAAAAAUGGACACGAGACAUUGAAGUGAGUUAUAUUCACAUAUAUAAUGCAAUAAGUGCUUUGUUUAACAAAAAAAAAAAAAAAAAAAAAAAAAAAAGAAAAAAAGAAUUAAAAAAUCUGCAAUAAAGUGCUUCGAGAACAAAUGAAAAAAAAAAAGUAAAUAAAUAAAUAAAAACAACAAAUUGUAAAAUAGUUGAUUGCGAAUCGAAUUAAGAGACGAAAUGAUUUAUUAUUAACAUAAAAAUUGAGGUGAAAGGAAGAAAAGCAGGCGUGCUAAAGUAGAUACACAUAUGUAAAGAGGAGAAAAAGAAUAAAAGGAGGAGGAGAAGAGGAAGGGGAAGAAAAUAAAGGGAAAGAAAUAAAGAAGACGGACGACGAUGAUGACACAAAUUAAGAAAACAUGUGUGUUUGUAUGUUUCUAUGUUUAUAUAAUCCCCGCGUGUGAGAGCAAGGCCGAAGAAGAUCUAGAAAAAAAAAAAA